UUUGUAUGAAAAUGUAUAGCUUUGCACACUCAUUCAGCUCUAACUUUCACCUCAACAUUGCUCACUAUUUCCUCCUUUUCUUUUUCGCCUCUUCAUACCUACACACUAGUAAACUCUACUUUGGUGAUGCACUUCCAAGUGUGAAACCAUGCAUCGACGAAGAGAGACUUGUUCUUCUCGCCUUUAAACAAGAUCUUACUGAUCCUUCUGGGAGGCUUUCUUCUUGGGCUGGUCAACAUUGCUGUCAAUGGAAAGGAGUUUCAUGCAACAACAAAACAGGUUAUGUCGAAAUGAUGAAACGUAUAGUAUACGCUAUCUGCUUUUUAUGUAGAGUGGGAUGAGAUGGAGCACUCUUCUUUGGAGGGUAAGAUAAAUCCUUCUUUGCUUAGCCUGAAACAUUUGAAUUACCUAGACCUAAGCCGGAAUGAUUUUCACGGGAUUCCCAUUCCCAAAUUCUUUGGUCAGCUUAAAAGUUUGAGUUAUCUCAAUCUCUCCUAUGCUUCAUUUGGAGGAGAGAUUCCACCUCAGCUUGGAAACCUCUCAAACUUAAACUAUCUUAACCUCAGUGAAGAGUCUGACUACUCUCUACUUACUUGAACUUCAACAACUUCAAUUGGCUUUCCAAUCUCUCUUCCCUAAAAUACCUCAAUCUUGAAGGCUGGACCUCAACAAAACAGGGGAAAGUUGGCUACAUGUUGUUAACAUGCUUCCUUCCCUACUGGAGGUACACUUACCAACAUGCCAAAUUGAAAGCCUUCCACUCUCUCCCUAGGAAAUAUUAGCCUCAAAUCACUUUACAUGUCAUAUAAUGAUUUGAAGUUUCCAUUUCCUAAAUGGUUUUUGAAUCUAGCUAACCUCAGAAAAUUUGAUCUAAGGGGGAAUUCUUUCAGUGGUGCCUUUCCCCUUGAACUUGGGAGGCUCAAAUCAUUGGAACAUCUUGAUUUAUCUUUCAAUGCACUUGAAGGUCAAAUUCCGGAACUGGCUGGAAAUUUUUGUAACCUAAAGAUCUUGAAUCUUGCUAGCAAUAAAUUUGAUGGGGAGAUUCAAGACCUUUUGGGUGGUUUAACAAGUUGUCUUAACACAAAUUUAGAGUCAUUAGAUUUGUCUUCUAAUAUGUUGCAAAGAGAAUUGCCUGCCUCCUUGGGGAUGCUACACAAUUUGCAGUAUUUUUGUCUCUACAACAAUCAAAUGAAUGGGUCCAUUCCUGAAAGCUUGGGGCAACUCUCUCAGCUAACUCACCUAGAUUUAUCUUUAAACUCAUGGGGAGGGUUUUUAACUGAAGCCCAUUUCACAAAUCUCACAAGAUUGAAAUACUUUGCAUUAGGCAAAGUCACCCCAUACCCUAUUCUACCUAUUCCUCUCAUUUUCAAUGUGUCUUAUGAGUGGGUUCCUCCUUUCAUGCUUCACACAAUCAACAUUGGAAACUGUCAAGUAGGUCCUACCUUUGGAGCAUGGCUUCAGUCUCAAACCGAACUAGCCUUUGUCAAACUUCAUGGUGCUGGAAUCUCAGGUGCCAUACCAGAGGACUGGUUCUCUAAAAUAUCUUCCAAAGUCUAUUAUUUGGAUUUGUCUCACAACCAAAUCACUGGAAACCUUCCAUUGCAAUUGAAAUUUCCAAAUGCUCUGAUUUUGGAUUUGAGUCAUAAUCAAAUUCAUGGCCCCUUCCCACUUUGGUCCAGUGACAAUGUGAUCCGUCUUGAGCUUGAAACCAAUUCAUUUUUUGGGCCUAUUCCAAUGAAUUUGGACCAACGAUUUCCACAAUUGGUGGCACUGUAUCUUUCUGAGAACCAUUUGAAUGGUACUAUUCCACUCUCUAUUUGCAACCUCAAAAACUUGUUAGUCCUUUCUCUGAGAAGCAAUGAGCUGUCAGGAAACUUUCCUCAAGCAUGGAGUCUGUUGCAGGAAAUAUGGGUUAUAGAUGUUGCAUACAACAAUCUCUCAGGCAAGCUUCCGAAUUCAAUCGGUGUCCCGGGGUCACUUUUUAUGUUGAAGAUCAACAACAAUAAUUUGAGUGGUGAAAUUCCACUUUCCUUGCAAAAUUGCACUUCUUUGAGGCACAUUGAUCUUGGAAAUAAUAGAUUCACUGGCACCAUACCUUCAUGGAUAGGAUCAAAUGUGCCCCUGGUGUCGAUCUUACGACUGCGAUCGAAUUUCUUUACUGGACAUAUCCCCCAACAGCUGUGCAAUCUUGGCUACCUUCAUAUCCUAGACCUUGCUCACAACAACAUUUCAGGAACCAUCCCCAAGUGUUUGAAUCAUCUGAGUGCUUUAACACAUGGCAAUUUAAGCGCCUAUGACUUAUAUUCAUAUUAUGACCAACAAACAUCAGUGGUGAAAGUAACAGAACUCGAAUAUCAGGCGCAGACCUUGAUGUUGGUUAAAAGCAUUGAUCUUUCAUCGAAUAGCCUUGAAGGUGAAAUCCCUGAAGAAAUAUGCAGCCUCCUCCUGUUGCACAGCUUGAACUUGUCGAAGAACCAACUAAGUGGAAACAUUCCCUCAAACAUUGGAAGCUUGCAGUGGCUCGAAGUUCUUGAUCUCUCACGCAACCGCCUUUCAGGAUGGAUUCCUCAAAGUCUUUCAUCUUCCACCUUCUUGUCUCACCUGAACUUGUCCUAUAACAACUUGACUGGUAGAAUUCCGUUGGGAAACCAACUCCAAACCCUCACGGAUCCAUCCAUUUAUGUGGGUAACCCAUCAUUGUGUGGGGUUCCUCUGUCAACUAAGUGUUCCGAAGAUGAUCACACUCCUACAAAAGACAAUGAUCAUGAAGAUACAAAUGACAAGUUGUGGUUCUACAUUAGCAUGGCACUCGGCUUUAUCGUAGGAUUUUGGGGUGUUUGUGGCACCUUACUUGUGAAGAAGUCAUGGAGGUAUGCUUAUUUUCGAUGGUUUGAUGACAUCAAGGAUAAGGUGAUGCUAGCAAUUGCAUUGAAAAUGGCUCGUACUCAAAGGAAACUUUGAUUAGAAUUGAAAUAUGGACCCAAGUGCUUGAAUUCACAACACUUGAGCAAGUAUGAAAUUCAUGUACCAUAUGAAGUUUUCCCCUGUAUGCACUUGUUUUGAAUCUUGAUUACUUAGAAUACGGAACCCACCGUUCAUUUCAA